AUGAAUACCAAAACGAAUAUUCCCUGGUUCUCGUUCCUCCAUCUCAUAUUAACCAUCAAAUUCUUGAUUAUUCUCCAAGCCCGAAAUGGAUUGAGUGGGCCCGAAGACAUGUACCAGAGCUGCGACAAAACAUUUAGUUGCGGCGAAAACAUCACCGAAAUCGGAUACCCUUUCAGGGGAAUCUCCAACCCUGAACACUGCGGCCACCCAAAUUUUGUCCUCACAUGCCAUGAUGGUAAAAACAACAUAACCAACAUCGAAAUCAUGGGCGUGGAGUACCGUGUCCUGGAAAUAGCACAAACAACACAGACAAUGACUAUUGCCAGGGAGGACGUGAUGGAGGCUGCUUGCCCCACGGAAAUGAAGAACACAACCUUGGACUACUCGACCUUUGACUUUGGCGAUGUUUACAUGAAUAUCACGUUCUUGUACGGCUGCCCACCACCGGAUGGCGGUAAUUUCUUCCCAUCACCUCCUAGCGGUAAUUUAAUCAAGUAUUUUAUGUACUAUGUUCCUUGUGGGAAUAAUGGCGAAGAUGUACAUAUUGUGCCCGGAAAUUAUGACAUUGGAAUGUGUAGAGAUAGUGUGAUAGUUCCAACUCCUGUGCCUCCUGAAGGAGAAACACAACUUCAGAAUAUAACGGAAUUGGAUCGGAUUAUGCGACAGGGUUUUUUGGUUAGGUGGAAGAUCGGUAGCCAAUUAAUGUGCGAUAACUGUACGGCGUCAAAGGGGCGGUGUGGGUAUAAUCUUGCGAAGAAUCAGACUGCUUGUUAUUGCCCUGUCCCGCCGUAUGUUUCUAAUACUUGUCCCAUCUCUGAAAUUAUUGGGACCAACGGCACUGACACCUCCUCACCUACUAAGAUACCAAUAUUACCCCUGGCACUGGGUGCUGGACUUGGUGUAAUUGCCUUAACUAUAUUGGCCAUUAUCAUAGUAUUCUGCUACUUUAAAAGACGACGAUCACUAGGAAACCCUAAGCAAGUAAGGGACAAUGAUAUAAAAAAGUUUGUACUCCAGCAUGGAUCACUGGCUCUAAAGAGAUACAAAUAUUCAGAGAUCAAGAAAAUGACCAAAUCCUUUAAUGAGAAGCUUGGUCGAGGAGGAUAUGGUAGUGUCUACAAAGGUGUAUUACCUGAUGGAACACUUGUUGCUGUCAAGGUAUUGAUCGAGACCGAUAGCAAUGGAGAAGAAUUCAUAAAUGAAGUUGCUAGCAUUAGUAGAACCUCCCAUGUCAAUAUUGUCAAUCUCUUGGGGUUUUGUUAUAAUCGAAACAAGAGAGCUCUAGUCUAUGAAUUUAUGCCCAAUAAAUCGUUAGACAAGUUCAUCAACAACAAUUAUCUGGGUUUGGACAAAUUGUACGAGAUUGCGGUUGGAGUUGCCAAAGGCCUACAAUAUCUCCACACAGGGUGCAACACUAGGAUUGUUCAUUUCGAUAUUAAGCCGCAGAACAUUCUUUUAGACGAGGAAUUCUCUCCAAAGAUAUCUGAUUUUGGGCUUGCUAAACUUUGCAAGAAGAAGCACAGUAUAUUCUCAGUUUCCGGGACACGAGGCACAAUCGGGUAUAUCGCUCCAGAAUUAUUCUCAAGAAAUUUUGGAGGAGCUUCUCAUAAAUCUGAUGUCUAUAGUUACGGAAUGAUGAUUCUUGAAAUGGCUGGAAUGAGAAAAUUUGACGAAAUCGUGACAACUCAAUCUAGCGAGAAUUACUUUUCGGAUAAAAUGUACGAGCAGGUAAUACUUGAUGUUACAACGAAGUUAGAUGAUCUUGUGGUCGAUGAUGACGAUCAAGUAGCAAGGAAAAUGUUUUUGAUCGGAUUUUGGUGCAUUCAGACAUCACCAUCGGAUAGGCCAUCGAUGUCUAAGGUUGUCGAGAUGUUAGAAGGAAGUCUACGAUCCAUACAAAUUCCACCAAAGCCAUUACUCUUUUCUCCAUCGAUAUCAGGCAAUGAACUUUCGUCGUCGUUAUCAGCAUACGUGGGGCUGGAACAUUCAGUUAAUGGUCCUAUAUAGAUAUAUGACAAUUCAAUUUGUUGUUUCAAGAACAUCACAUAUUGAUGACUACUGUGUUAGAGUUUGUAUUUAUGUAAGAUAAGAAUCGGAUAA